UUUACAGAAGUAUUACGAUUAGUUUCUAAUUCAGUGGAAAAUCUUCAACAAUUACCGUGUACAUUGGAUGGUAUGAUUGAUGGAGAAUAUGUAAAUCAUAAUAAUUUAGUGAAUGAAGCAAAAAAAUUGUUAACAAUGUGUACUAAUAUUCAACAAAAAAUUAUGAAUGCUGAAUCUAUUAGUACAACAGAAAGCAACUAUGCCAACAACGGUAUUGAACCAAUAUUAUCAACAGAUGACAGAAUUAUCAACACUUCGGACUUGAACAGCGAACAACAACAAUAA